AAAACAGGGGCCUUUUUACAGUACCUCCGUGAAAAUUACAGAGCUAUAAAUAUUACGAUUUAUAUUGCUUGACAUAUGAAUAACACUACAAAUUGAUGAGGCAGCGUACUAUGGCAGAAUUAAAAGAAUACAAAACCUUGUAGACGUUGACUUAUCAAUGCACGCAACUAUACCUACCUGUGAAGGCACCUAGCUAUAUACGUGUAGUUACCGUGUUAUCAAAGUGCAGUGUCGGCUGCCGACAAUUAUGUAGUGAUUUAUAUUGUUUUAUAAUAAAAGUGUAACAGAAUGGAGUCAGAUGAUAUCGUCGAGGAUUUUAACUUGCUGGAGAACCGCAGGAAAGAAAAGAAACUACCGUAUCCAAAGGCAGUUGGAUUUAUAGUCACAAAUGAGUUCUGCGAACGAUUUUCAUACUAUGGAAUGCGAACAAUUCUAUCACUGUACCUCCGAGACAAAUUGGGGUACAGUGACAAUGGAGCCACGGUCAUCUACCACGUGUUCACUAUGUUCGCCUACUUCUUUCCCCUUCUCGGUGCCAUGAUUGCUGAUGGCUGGCUCGGGAGGUUUAGAACUAUACUGUAUUUAUCGUUAGUGUAUGCAGCUGGAAGUACAUUAAUAUCAAUCAGUGCAAUGCCACAACUGAACAUACCUACAAUGGAGUUCACGAUCUUAGCCCUUCUGCUAAUAGCAUUCGGUACAGGAGGUAUCAAACCUUGUGUUUCCGCCUUCGGUGGGGACCAGUUCAAGUUACCCGAGCAGGAGAGAUACUUGGGGUAUUUCUUCUCCCUAUUCUACUUCGCCAUCAAUGCUGGAAGCCUGAUAUCAACGUUCUUGACGCCCAUCUUGAGAGCUGAUGUUCACUGCUUUGGGGAUAAUGACUGCUACUCCCUGGCUUUCGGCGUUCCAGGGAUAUUGAUGAUUGUUUCUAUAAUAUUCUUCGUAGCUGGCAAGAAACUUUAUAUAAUCAAGAAGCCUGCCGGCAAUGUACUCGGAAAAGUGUCCACUUGCAUAGGUCAUGCAGUAGUAAAAUCCUGCAAAAGCAAGGAGAAACGUGAGCACUGGCUAGACCACGCUGAUGAUAAAUACGAUAACAACCUCAUUGAAGAUGUGAAGUCUUUGCUGAGGGUGCUAGUUCUCUUCAUACCGCUGCCAGUCUUCUGGGCUCUGUUCGAUCAGCAGGGGUCUAGAUGGACCUUCCAAGCUGAUAGAAUGGAACAAGACAUAGGUUCUUGGACGUUAAAGGCUGAUCAAAUGCAAGUGCUCAACCCACUGCUUAUCCUUAUAUUCAUUCCUAUUUUCGAAGUUGCUAUUUAUCCCUUCAUGUCUUGGUGCAAACUGAUAAGGAAACCAUUGCAUAAAAUGAUAUGGGGUGGUAUAUUGGCUGCAUGUGCGUUUAUCAUCUCCGGUAUUGUAGAACUCAAUUUACUGCCAACCUACGGCACCCCUGUUUCCGAAGGGAUGGCCCAAUUGAGGGUCUACAAUGGAUAUAACUGCACUUUCACGCUGAAUACUGCCACCCUCAACACCCUUGAGAAAAACGCUACCGGCGACUUCCAAAUCGGGCCCCUCUCUGUUUACGAGAAGCUCGAUAUACUCGCAGAUAAAUCUGUAGAUCUACCUUACUAUUUACAAGGAGAGCCUGGCACAGAAUGUGCUGAUAUUGCAUACAGCGGAUACUUCAAUCUCAAGGAACAAACUGCAAAUUCUUUCUUUAUUAAUAAAGAAGGCAUUUACAAUUUCACAGACAAUAACGAUAAAGCAAUCGAUGGAGUUAAUGUUAGAUUUUUAACUAAUCUAAACAGCAAGGUAAACAUAAGUAUAGAAAGCAGAAAGAAUCAGUCGUUGUUGAACAUUUUUAGCGAUGACACUACUCAGAGAAGAAUCGCUAAAGGAGUAAGCUCAGUCAGGGUCGGGGAUGACGUUGUGUUGAAAGAUUUCGACUUCAAGUCUGGAGCUGUGUACACUAUAAAUGUUUGCGAUAAUAGUGAUAGUUCGUAUGAUGCAAACGUGGUGAUGAUAACUCCACCGAACAGCAUCCACAUACUAUGGCUGAUUCCCCAAUACGUGGUGAUGACUAUGGGUGAAGUCAUGUUCUCAGUUACCGGCCUCGAGUUCUCCUUCACCCAAGCGCCGGCCAGCAUGAAGUCAGUAUUACAGUCAGUGUGGCUGCUGACUGUGGCCUUCGGAAACUUGAUCGUCGUGCUUAUUGUGGAAGGAAACUUUUUAGACGCACAGUGGAAGGAGUUCUUCCUAUUCGCCGGUCUGAUGCUGAUCGACAUGCUCAUCUUCACAACCAUGGCCUUCAAGUACAAAUACAACGAGCUGAGGUCCAGUGAGGAAAACCUCGCAAUCGAGGAGAUCAAACUGCCGGAGAAAAACACACAAGACAAACUUGAUAAGAACUAAUUGUUAUUUUAUAGUUAAUUAAUUGAUUAAACUUUUUAUUACUAUUGACUA